CAGAAGUUGAGCUGGUUGUGAUUUUUCUUAAUUAAGCUAAAUUUUAAGGUCAUUUGACCAUGAAAACAAAUUGAAAUUACAAAUUAGAUUUUUUUUUUUUUAACUAUUGAACAUUUAAACAGACAUCCAAAUUUUUACUCAUGUUCUAAAAACAUUUCUUUACACUCACAAAUCACAAAUCACAGUUAUCCUUCUCAAAUGUUAUUUUCUAAUUUUGACCAUCCAAAAAAUCGAUCUUUGGCAGACUAAUGUGGUUGGUGAGAACAUACCAGUGACGCUACAAAUUACAAACAAACCUAACACCAUCAUCCCAACAAGAACUUGGUCGCAGCUCUUGAAUCCUGAAAACCUCAGAAAAAACCCACAAGAAAUUAAGGAAAAAGAACAAAAAAAGCUCUCCCUUUUGGACCGGACAAAUUUCAUUUUUGGAUUCUUCAAACCCAUUUGUUCUCGCAAGAAAUGGCGCAAGCUACCAACAUGGCGCACAAGCUCUUCUCGCCCAAAAUCCCGACCCCCAAUGCUAAUAAUAGAUAUUCUGUUUCGACUUCGCGUUCGUUGUAUUUCGGUUCUAAUUUGUCGAAAAAAUCAUGGGCUGUGUAUAAAAAUUCGACAUUUACGGUCGAGAGGACAAGUCAAAUGAAGGUUUUGGCCUCGGUCGCGACGGCGGAAAAGCCAUCGACGAUGCCGGAGAUCGUGCUGCAGCCCAUCAAAGAAAUCUCUGGCACCGUUAGGUUGCCGGGCUCUAAGUCACUCUCUAACCGUAUUUUACUUCUAGCUGCUCUGUCUGAGGGAACAUCAACUGUGGAUAACUUACUAAGCAGUGAUGAUAUUCAUUAUAUGCUUGGUGCCCUUAGAACUCUCGGGCUUCAUGUAGAGGACGAUAAAGCUAACCAACGAGCAAUUGUGCGUGGCUGUGGUGGCCUAUUUCCAGUCUCGAACGAAGCCAAAAAAGAAGUCGAGCUUUUCUUAGGCAAUGCAGGGACUGCUAUGCGUCCAUUAACUGCUGCAGUUGUUGCUGCUGGUGGAAACUCGACGUAUGUACUUGACGGGGUUCCUCGCAUGAGAGAGAGGCCCAUUGGAGAUUUGGUUACUGGACUUAAGCAGCUUGGUGCUGAUGUUGAUUGCUUUAUGGGCACAAACUGUCCUCCCGUUCGUGUUGUUGGAAAAGGUGGCCUUCCUGGAGGGAAGGUGAAACUCUCGGGCUCGAUUAGCAGCCAAUACCUGACAGCUCUUCUCAUGGCUGCUCCAUUAGCUUUAGGAAACGUUGAGAUUGAAAUAAUCGACAAACUAAUUUCAGUACCUUAUGUUGAGAUGACUCUUAAGUUGAUGGAACGUUUCGGUGUCUAUGUAGAGCACAGUGACAGCUGGGACAGGUUCUUCGUCCGAGGAGGUCAAAAGUACAAAUCGCCUGGAAAGGCUUUUGUUGAAGGUGAUGCAUCGAGCGCCAGUUACUUUUUAGCUGGUGCAGCUGUUACUGGUGGAACCAUUACUGUUGAAGGCUGUGGAACAAGCAGUUUGCAGGGUGAUGUUAAAUUUGCUGAGGUUCUUGAGAAAAUGGGAGCUGAAGUUACGUGGACUGAGAAUAGUGUCACCGUAAAAGGACCUCCGCGUGAUGCAUUUGGUAGGAAGCAUUUGAAAGCAAUUGAUAUAAACAUGAACAAAAUGCCUGAUGUUGCAAUGACUCUUGCUGUUGUGGCUCUAUUUGCCGAUGGACCUACCGCUAUUAGAGAUGUGGCCAGCUGGAGGGUUAAGGAAACUGAAAGGAUGAUUGCCAUUUGCACAGAACUUAGGAAGGUGUUUGAGGAAGGGCCCGAUUACUGUAUAAUAACUCCGCCCGAGAAACUAAACGUGACAGCUAUAGACACGUACGAUGAUCACCGUAUGGCCAUGGCUUUUUCACUUGCAGCCUGUGCCGAUGUGCCUGAAAGUUCUUUGUAUAAAUCAGAAAACGGGCUUUUCGCCAAGUAA